UAUCUAGGAAUUGUUAUCACCGGUAAGUGACCUUUGGAGGUUUUUGGUGUCGUUGGCAUUGUGGGAUGAGCCUUUGAAGUCAUUCGUCUUUUGCUUGUUAUCUUCUUCUAUUAUCAUAAGGGGAUGGGUAGUCUAUUUUCUUGUUAUGGUCAUACUGUUAUCAGCAACGGUCAUGCUGCUGACAAGACUAACUAGUCAAGGAAAGCCAAUGACUGAGGUCAAGGUGACAUCUCCACCUUCAAUGAACACUAUGGAGCAGCUCUUAGCUGUUCAAAAUGCUAUUUCCAAAGUUGAAGAGCUUGUCCAGGAUGCAAAUAUUGUUCUUCUGAAGAUAAGAGCUCUACUGCUGGCUUUUCCAUCUCAGGCCACAGACAAAGCUAUCCUUGCGCUGUUAUUGAUGGCUCUUGUCCUUGCCUUGCUGCCCACGAGAUUGCUUAUCCUGGCGAUGUUUCUGGAGGUGUUCACCAACCACUCUCCGCUAAGGAGAGCAAGCACAGAGAGAUGCAGCAGAAGGUUGAGAGAGUGGUGGUUCAGCAUACCUGCAGCGCCAGUAGUGGUGGAGAAGGAUAACAAAGAAGAUAAGAAGACAAAAUGAAUUUGUGCGUAUAAAUUGUGAUUCCGUGUCUAGUGUGGCUGAUGCGGUGAUGGAUCACAAGCGCACCGCUGUGUACAAUGCCUGAAUAUAUGAUAAAUGAACUGCAGUUAGUAUUUCAAUAAGAAUGUUAGCUCCUUUUCGCUCCUUUCUGUGCUCUACUCUGAUAUCUCAAAACUAGUCUAUUUCAUGGGAAUGUAUUAUGCAUGUGCAUGUGUUUGAGUUUCA